AUGGAGAACAGGGCUGUCAUCUUCAAGACCGUACCCUCGGGGCUGCCUAGUAAAGGAGAACACCUCACUAUCGAGGCCGUGCCAUACCCUGAUCGUACUCCCGAGGACGGCAUCAUCGUUCAAAACUUGUACGGCAGUUUGGAUCCUUAUCUGCGAGGCCGCAUGAGGUCACCAGAGAUAGAGAGUUAUGCACCUCCAUUCGAGCUCGGGAAGCCCAUCAACAACAAACACAUUGCCAAGGUUCUAGAGUCAAACAACGCAAAGUUCAAAAAAGGCGACAUCGUAGUCGCACAUUUGCCAUUCCAAGAAUUCGUCGCUGUGGAUGGCAAUCAACUGGCAGCCUUCGAACACCUUAAGAAUCCACUCGGCCUCGCAGAUACUCGCGCGUUCCUAGGUGCUCUGGGAAUGCCCGGCCUCACGGCCUAUUCUUCGCUGUACGAGAUCGGCAAGCCUCAGAAGGGAAACACCAUAUUUGUAUCAGCUGCCAGUGGCGCGGUGGGACAGCUAGUCGGCCAGCUUGCAAAGCAUGAGGGGCUGAAGGUCAUUGGCAGUGUGGGAUCCGACGAAAAGCUAGAUUUCAUCAUUAAUGAAUUGGGCUUUGACGGAGGCUUCAAUUACAAAAAAGAAAGCCCCGCACAAGCACUGAAGCGGCUGGCGCCUGAAGGGUUAGACAUCUACUAUGAGAAUGUCGGCGGAGAGCAUCUUGAGGCAUCUCUCGACAUGAUGAAAACGUACGGUCGCAUUGUGGUGUGCGGGUUGAUUUCGGGUUACAACGUCAGUGCGGCAGAAGAGUAUCCCCUUAGGAAUUACAGGCAGAUUCUCAUCAAGCGCCUGACAAUGCGAGGCUUCCUUGUCGGGGACAAGGGCAUGGGUGACAAAUAUGCCGAUGAGCACCGAGAACGCGUGUCAAAAUGGAUACAUGAAGGCACCUUCAAGGCUGUUAACUGGGAGAUUGAAGGCAUUGAGAAUGCUGCUGACGGCCUGAUAGGUCUCUUCCUCGGCCAUAACUUUGGCAAGGCUGUGCUGAAGUACUAG